AUGAAUCAUGUUGGCUUCAUAGCCCAGGAUAAGGCCCGAGUUCGCACUCCAGGCGUGAGCCCUUCUACUGGUGAGCACACGGUAGAGGAAGAAUUGUCCGGGUGGCACAUUGGGGAAGAUGAGAUGUCAGCUGCUGAGGGUCUGAUAGGCUUGACGGAAGGUCCACGCCUGGGGGAAGCAGCCCCGCGGUCAGAUGUCUCGGUAGGAGAGCCGGACAUGCUCUAUCUCAAACCCGAGGCACAGCCUGAAAUGGCCGAUAUCGCACCAUCGCCACUGUUCUUUCGCCCCCCCAAUGCGUUGGAGACUCUGAAGCCCGAUGGACAGAUAUCGGACUUUUGCUCUCAAACAAUAGAUCCGUGCUGCCUAUCACUUUCCGCCCACCGAGAUGCGGACGUUCCUCUUUCGACUAGCUCCUCCCCUUUGCCACAACAUGAGCGAUUAGUUCUCGCCAGAGGAACCCAAAGUUUCAACGAAAUGGGGUAUGUCAGAGCAUAG